GAGCACAUCCGUCAUCCGCCACCAUCCGCCAUUUGCGAUAGAAAAGCCGAACGCUGUAUUGCUGUUCCGCGGCGCGAGUGACGUCGGUUUGAUUAUGUCGAGUGUAUAAAUUGUUAUUUCAAUAAAACUGUGAACAGUGCUUGCAUUUGACCGCUUAAAAUGAUUGUGAGAUUACUGAGCCUGUUGUUCGUGGGGAUUUUAGCGGUCUCGGUGCAGAAUGUCGAAGGCAACAACGACAAUGAAGAUGUCCCCUACCUGGAGUUGGCGGAACCGGAGGAAGGAUACCACGGGCUGAUCCGGGAGAAUGAAACCCUGGUGGAAGUGACGCCCGCGAUCCGCGCACGUGGCCCUCUCUGCUCCUUCCUCAUCCUCAACAAUAAACACCAUGGGGAGGCACCUUUCGAGAUCAUGGUGAUAGACGAGAACGAGGCAAGGCUGCGCGUGCGAUACCCCCUCAACUGCGAGAAACGACGCAACUACAAGUUCGACAUCGCCGCUGUCGGCUGCGACGGCUCCUACUCCAACACCGUUCCUGUCCACAUCACGGUGUCGGAUGUGAACGAGUUCGCGCCGGUGUUCACCCAGGCAGCGUACGUGCGCAGCGUGGACGAGGGCAAGAUGUACGAGGAGCUGGUGCGAGUGGAAGCCACGGAUAGAGACUGCACGCCGCACUACGGAGACGUCUGCAAGUACGAGAUCCUGGACGACAACAACCAGCCUUUCACUAUCGAUAACGAAGGUGUGAUCCGCAACACGGAGCCUCUGGAUUACGAGAAGUCCCACAACCACAUCCUGUCAGUGGUGGCGUACGACUGCGGCAUGAUGCAGUCCGCGCCCGUCAUGGUCACCAUCAAGGUUAACAAGCCUUGCCGCGCAGGAUGGAAGGGUCUGGCCGAACGCGUGGACUACGCGCCGGGGUCGGGCCCGCUGGCGCUGUUCCCGGGCGCGCGGCUGGAGGCGUGCUCCAGCGACGAGCGCUGCCCGGCCGUCACCCGCAUCCAGGCGCUCGUGUCGCUGCGGGCCUCGCGCGCCGGCGCCGCCUGCGACCGCGACACCUACUCGCUGCACUCGCAGCGCGCCAUAUGCGGUCUGGACCCGAAAACUAUCGAUUUACUGCCGAGCCCAGGAGCCGGCAACGAGUGGGCCAAGUCCUUGAAACCAGAAUCAGGACACGACGGCGAGGAGAUGUUCGAGUUCGAUGGAGAGACGACGUCGGCGGUGGUGCCGGAGAGCGUGCUGGGCCACUCGCUGGGCAGCAGCUUCGCCAUCUCCACCUGGCUGCGGCACGCGCCGCGCCCCGACCAGGACAAGCACCGCAAGGAGCACGUGCUCUGCCUCGCUGACGACCACAAGAUGAACCGUCACCACUACGCGCUGUUCGUGCGCAACUGCCGGCUGAUCCUGCUGCUGCGCCGCGACUUCGGCGAGGGAGACCUCAACAUCUUCCGCCCCGCAGAGUGGCGCUGGAAGAUACCGGAGGUGUGUGACAACGAGUGGCAUCACUACGCGAUCAACAUCCGCUUCCCGACGGUGGAGCUGUUCGUGGACGGCGAGGUGUAC